AUGUCUCAUGUCAUGUCUAGACUUAUGGCACGGCUAUUUCUACGUAUACGUGGACAGCUUUACAAAGAAGCAAGAAUGACAAUGGGAGAGGAAAGUCUGUUUUCUUCAAUGGCUUUGCCUGUUGUAAUAGGACCUAUUCUAGAAAAGCUUGAGGCAAAAGAUAUGGCAGCUUCACAGACACUCAGGGCAGCUCUAACGAAGGUGGAAAACCAACACCCUGGCUUCUGUAUAGAACUGAUACGUGGUGUGCUACAUAAAGCAGAACUUGGAAAUCACAUAGAUCUUAGUGAAACACUGCUGCGCUUAGAGGGUACAAAUGAUACAGAAGAGUUCAGGAUAGUAAGGCCGGAGGAACCGUUCCGACAUUUGAAUCACAGAGCACUGGCUUUAAAGAAAAUACUUAGCAGAAUCCCACUAGAAAUAUAUGAUAGGAAAAAGUUUCUGGAAACAAUAAAGGACAUAGCUAGUGCCAUUAAGAACCUGUUGGAUGCUGUAAAUAAUGUUUUCCGAUUCAUACAAGGCCAGAGUAAUAAACAGAAUCUUGAACAGAAGAAACGAGAGUUUGUUCGCUAUUCUAAAAAGUUCAGCAACACAUUGAAAGAAUUCUUCAAAGAUAAUCAGAAGCAAGAGGUUUUCUUGAGUGCGAACUUCCUCAUCAACCAAACAAACAUUAUCAUGAAGACUAUCAAAGAACUCUGUUAGUGUGGAGAGAACUCUGUUAGUGUGAAGGGGACUCUGUUAGUGUGGAGACAACCCUGCCACUAUUAACAUCAUCAUUUAUGAAUAAUUCAGUAUUUUUCUGAAAAGCAAUUUGGAUAUGAGAUGAUUGAGAAGCAACAUCGAAAUGGUUUGGAAGAUGUCAUUAAUCAAUUUUGGACUUAAUUAAUUUCAAUUAGGCAGUGACAUAAUCAGGAAUUAGCACUGCAUUUAAUUUAAAAUGUAUUUACAUUUGAUUCAAUUAAUAUGUGUAUAAAGCACUGAAUUUGAAAUAUAUUUUCAGUGAAAUUCAAUUCAACAAUUCAAUUUCAUUCAAUCCAUAAUUGCAUUUAAUACUGAAUUUAAAUUGUAUUCCCAGUAAAAUUCAAUUCAACAUUUUAAUUUCAUUAAAUUAAUAUUUUGAGUAAAAAUGACUUAAUAUUAUAUAUUUAAUCUUGAAUUUGAUCAGCUGUGUUCCUUAAACGUUAUAUUACUUAAUGAUCAUUAUAAAGACAAAAUUGCUCAAUGUAUUAUUAGCAAUGCUGUAUGUUAUCUGAAUAAGUAUAGACAAUUUAACAACUUACCUCAAUAUUUUACAUAUUACAGAUACAGGGUGAUACAAAAAUGAAACCCUCGAAUUUUUAUCACUUUUC